GAAGCCCACUUCGCAGCAACUGCUGAUCUUUCCCUUGUAAAAAGGCACUUGAACUCCCGAGACCUUGCUGCGUUGAGUAAUAUGGCACCCAAGGAUUUCCUCAAUUGGAGCCUCCUGGCGUUGCUUCUGUUUCUUCGCUUUUGCCUGUGCCAAGAAGAAUACAUGGAGACGACACAGAGCGGACCUCAAAGCCCACCAGAAUGUGGCUGCCGGGGGGAUUUUGGAUUUCGAAGUUGUCAAGGCCUCCCAGGCCCUCCAGGCCCUGCUGGAAUGCCAGGAAACCAUGGAAAUAAUGGAAAUAAUGGAGCACCUGGUACUGAAGGACUGAAAGGUGACAAAGGAGACAAGGGGGACUUGGGACCGAGAGGAGAGCGGGGCCACCACGGACCCAAAGGAGAGAAGGGUUACCCUGGCAUCCCACCAGAACUUCAGGUUGCAUUCAUGGCUUCAAUGGCAACCCACUUCAGCAAUCAGAACAGUGGAAUAAUCUUCAGUAGUGUUGAAACCAACAUUGGUAAUUUUUUUGAUGUAAUGACUGGCCGAUUUGGAGCUCCAGUGAAUGGGGUGUAUUUCUUCACCUUCAAUAUGAUGAAACAUGAGGAUGUGGAGGAAGUGUAUGUUUACUUAAUGCACAACGGCAAUACAGUGUUCAGCUUAUACAGCUAUGAAUCAAAAGGAAAAACGGACUCAUCAAGCAACAGUGCGGUGCUUAAACUUGCCAAAGGAGAUGAAGUUUGGCUGCGGAUGGGCAAUGGGGCACUGCAUGGAGACCAUCAACGCUUCUCCACUUUUGCAGGGUUUCUUCUUUUUGAAACCAAGUAGACCAAUGUUUUAAGGGAGAUAUUGCUAUUUGUUUUCUCUGUUCUUUGGCACAAUGUGUUAACAUCCUAAGACUGGAGGGCAUUUAUUGACAUCAGUAUAUUGUGAUCUAUGGAGUGUGGUGAGAAAAGUUAGGCCUGGAUUUAUAUAUGCCUUUUUAUGUUCUUUUGGAUCACAUUACUUUUCUCUAGCCCUCGUACCACUAGUUCUUGAGUAGAGUUAUUGAAGUCCUAUUUGAGAAUUCAAUGGUAUGAUCAGCCUCUUGCCCCAAUCCAGAGAUCUCUAUGUGGCUUCAUCCUCUUAAGUGUUUGUUGCAUCGACAGGCAUAUGGACUUAUUUUGAAAUUUAUGAGAAAAUCAUUGUGUUAGGAGCUUCAUGUGUGCUUUGGAGCUCCUGUAUCCAUAAAAAAAUCCAGAUGUACAUCCACAGCACCACAUUCAGCAUGGGAAUAUGCAGAUGAAAAUAUGCUUUGCUGAACUGAACUGAGUGUAACCAGGGUCGGGGUUAAAGCAACCAUUUUUUAAAAUGUUAAUUAGGUUUUUUCCUCAUGCAUGUGUUCAUUAUGGAUUUAUAAUGACCGUUUGAAUAGGCUAGACAAUUUAGAACAUAAGCUCUGAAUGGUUAAAUUCAUUGCUAGCCUGUACGUAAAGCUUCCAUUUAGGAAAAAUAACGUUAGAUUUUUCCUUUCUAUAUUAAUAGUUGAUCAAGUUUUGAUUUUAACUCUCAGAAUAAUCUAGAACUAGGUUAAGUUGAACUGGGCAGAGUAAGUUUAAGGAUUGGGUAGGUGGGUGGGUGGGUGAU